AUGCCCAUCGUUACCGGAGCUACCCUCGACUCUUCUUCAAGUCGCGGGGGACAAACAUCAUGGCCCUCCCAACCCUCACCCUUUUCAGGUCAAUUUGGCAACCAUCACUUUGCCGGGGUCCUACAAUCGCCACGCGAGCCUGUUCAGUCGCCCUGGCUGUUCGCCUAUAACGUUGCUCGACCAUCUUUCCAUGACCAAACUCCGUUUGGGCACACCGGAGCCCAUCUGGCGCCGACUGGCCAUGAUGCCAUGGUUCUUUUCCCUCCGCUCUCGAUGUCCACUCAGACGUCCUGCCCAACCGCCACUUACAACCAAGAGCCAGACAUCAAGUCCAACCAUUCCAGCGCCGUAUCCUGGCCAGAGCAGAACAAUAUCGGUCCGCCCAGGGUGAUUCAAUCCAUCCCCGGAAAAUGUGACAAACAAAUGCUUGCAACAACCACCAGCCCGUUUCCCGUCCAAAUCAUGUCAUCGGAUCGUUUUGCCACCACGGAUGGCACUGAGGGAAGCGGAAAGAUCGCAGAGGAGCAUGGGCAAAUGAUUCAAAGCCUCCUCGAGGAAAGCAAUAUUCAACUGUUUGCCAUGUGCAAGUUGGAUUCUGAACCGACGGUAGCGAAGCCAAACCGCGUCGCAUCACAGCUGUUUCGACCAUGCACACUCGACCUCACCAUCUAUGGCCCCGAGGAUCUCUUUGAAGAUAUUGGUACCUGGUUCCAAGACUACGGCAUGUACCUUCAGGACGUCCGUCACGUUCACCUCGACGCGAAGUACUGCAACCCUCACAAACUUUCGGUCGAUGAUAUUGAUUCCUGUCCCAUGGUAUCCGAUGUCGUCCGGCAGUCUUCAAGAUCCCUUUUGCUUGAGAAUGUCCCUGAUCGACCCGACCUACUCGAUCUAUUGAGCAACGGGAACGAGUUGGAGGAGACACCGCAGCCUACUGCGAUUCGUACAGCAUUGAAGAAGUACUCCAUCAACUACAUACCCCUGGGUUGUUGCAGACUGUCUUGGAAUUGCGCUAACGGAAUGAUACUUAGGCACCAGAAACAAGCCUUGACGUUUAUGCUCCGUCGCGAACGAGGGUGGACUUUUGGAGAGAGGCAAGCCGACCUUUGGGAGUAUCUGGAUGUUGGCCACGGCGAAGUCUCCGGAGCACAUCAAAGCGAAGAACCACCUCCAUUCUACGGUGGCAUCGUUGCUGAUCCAAUGGGUCUCGGAAAAACGCUAACCAUGAUUGCUUUGGUGGCCACUGACUUGGACCGUAACUCAGCCGAUGGUAUUGCCCAAGACAUUAACCAAGAAGCCAAACCUUGUGUUUCAGCAACGCUCAUCAUCAUUCCACCCCCCCUAAUUGGAACCUGGGAGGAGCAGUCGUCGGAGCAUGUGUUGUCUGGCAGCAUGAAAUUUCGGCGCCACCAUGGAAAAACCAGGCUUAUGGAUGCCAGUGAACUCGAGGGUGUCAACAUAGUUCUGACGACAUACCAUACUGUGUCUGCGGAAUGGAAGCCCGGCAACCAACCAGAAAACUCCGUCUUAUUCUCGGAGCUAGCACACUUCAUCCGUAAUGGCAACUCGAGGAUGGCCCGGGCAGCGUGUGAGCUAGAUUCAGUCUCUCGUUGGGCGGUGACGGGUACACCUAUUCAGAACCGCCUUAGCGACCUAGCUGCGCAGCUCAAGUUUAUUCGGGUCUACCCAUACGACGACCCAAAGCAGUUCGAGGCAGAUAUCUCGCGGCUCUGGAAGGCUGGGGAAGACGAAGAGGCUGCCAAAAGACUGAAAUGCCUGUCCGCCUGCAUUCUCCUACGACGAGCUAAGUCCACCAUCAGCCUCCCAACUCGUAGAGACAUGACCUGUGCGGUCGACUUCAGCCGCGAGGAGAGGGCAGCAUAUGAGGAGGUGAGAGAGCAGACAAUUACCAAGAUCGACGAGGCCCUCCACACGAGCUCGGAAUCGUCCAGGGCCGGCGUGUACGUGAACGUCCUGCAGCAGAUCGAAUCUCUACGGCUGAUUUGCGACCUCGGACUGCAUUACCACACACGACGGAACCGUACAACACAGAACGCCUCGGCGUCAGAUGAUUGGGCCGUUGCCGCACAACAGGCUUUCAAUAUCCAGCGGGGCAUGGGCCCCAUCGUCUGCUUGCAAUGCUCCUCGACUACGAGUCUGACCGAUUCUCUGCUGGGCGAUAACAGCCACGACACGUCAUCCUCGCGACAGCAGCCUCAGUUCUUCCGAUGUUUGCGCUUUGUCUGCGGAGACUGCAUACGAAAAAUGCAGAGAGCGAAGCAGACGCUGGGUUGCGGCCACAAGCCCUCGUGCCUGGUGGCACCCGUGUCCACAAGUGACAGCGUCAUGGAAGAGGUUCCCGCCGCGGUGUCUGACGAGACGCCAACAUUGCAUACAGCCCUCCCCUCGAAGGUCGAGGCACUAGUGGCGGAUAUCAACGCGGUGCCAGCCGACGUCAAAUGCCUGACCCUCACGGUGGCCUCGCGAGCUUACUUGAUGGAACCUCACUGGAACCCAACACUAGAAGAACAAGCGCUCGCGCGGAUCCAUCGAAUAGGCCAGAUGCGAGAAGUAACCACGGUGCGGUUCUACAUCCGAGACUCGUUUGAAGAGCGAGUAAUCGAGUUGCAAAAUGCCAAAAAGGACCUUGCUCGCGUGCUGCUCUCCCCCCACGACGGAACUCAGGGCGAUGAUAGCUUUGGGGGCCUUCACAAACUAAGGGCGCUGCUCUAG